AGCAAUUUGAAAUUGGCUUUAUAAAAUUACAAAAUUCUUCCACACGAUUAUAGUACGCAUAAAAACUCAGCGGGAGGGUCUACGGCUUUAUAUAAAGAACGAAGAGCAAUUUUGCUUUUCGUUUCGAGGCGUUACCCUCAAUUCUCCAUCUCCCGAGAUUGCGUAAGGUUCACUUCUCAGAUAAUAAAGAUUAAGUUCCGUUACUUAAACCUCUGCUUAAACUAAAGGAUCGACGAAGCGCACUUUUCACAGACGGUGUCAAUAGCGACCUAUCGAGUCGUUGACCUACAUCUGAAAAAUUGCACAGUAAGUGCGGUGCCUUAGAAUCAUUAAGGGUAUCUGUACCGUUUUUUCGUGGGCCAUUUUACCUUGUCUUUCUAAAAAAAAAAUUAUUUUUCAAAGUUUGGACGUAACACUCCGGACUAGUACCAGAUUUGGUUUGACGCCAGCUGAUGUGUGAAUUUUUAAUCAAAAUCGUACAAGUACCUAUUCUAUUUUCCAUCAUGAGUUGUCUGCUUUUGACAGUGUUUCUUAUUCACACUCUUAUGAAAUAAAUAACCGAACUAGCUUAAUUUAUCGCACAAUAUUUUGAAAUAUAAAGACUGGAUGCUGAUGCUUAACAUCAGAUUGAAUUUACAGUUCGAGAUAAGUAUGUCACAGUAUAAAGUUACAGAAUCUAUCGACGUUCACCGCAAUACCUUUCACGCAGGAUGAUCGCUUUACUUGUCGAUCUGCAACGCGAGUAGAUCGUGUACGCGUCCAUUCGCAUUGGGAACAAUAGAUGAUAAAGAUAGGAUGCGUUAAGUGUGCCAGGUAUAUUGCCAGGAAAGGCAAAGAGAGGGAAGUUAAGGACGGGAGGAGGGAGAGAACAGCUUCGGAGACUCAUCCUCGAGUUACUUUCACUUGAACUUCUUGUAACGCCGUGUAGUGAUCUGCUCGACGGUGUGGGAGCGGAGCUCCCGUUGCUUUCCGCGUAAUUCGAACUCGCGUAAUCCUUUCGUAAGACCCUUGAAUUUUUAUUUAAAAAACCAUGGCGUUACGCUGGAUCCUACAGUCAUAUCUUCUGCGAUGCGCGCUAUUCGUCGUCGUUGCCCACGCCGAAGAAGUUUUCAAUACCACUCCGCCAACCGUCAGAACGAGCUUCUCCUGCCUGAACCGGCCUAUGGGAUUUUAUGCCGACGUCGAGGCGAACUGCAGAGUAUAUCACAUGUGCGACGAUCACGGGAAUAAAUUCAGUUACCGAUGCCCCGAGGAAACGGCUUUUCGUCAAGAUGCCCUGAUAUGCGAUCACGCUCAUCUUGUCGAUUGCCAGGCGACUAUUCACCCGUCGACUCAAUUUCCAGACGAGAACGUCGACGAGGAAAUUGUGCGCGCGGCUGCCUCGACGAGGUCCCCGGUAGAAUCGAUCAACUCGCUUGAUGACGAUCGACUGUCGUUUUCGCGUUCCUUCCAAGUGAUUCAACGGCCUGACAAGUCCAUGCCUAAUAAACUCCAAUCUGGCUUCGUCUUCCGCGCGAGUUUAUUCUUAAGGAAUCAGGAUCGGAGUCAACCUAGGCAAAUCACCUGUGCGACAUGCGGCGCCGAUUCGAGGACAGCUUCCACUGCUCGGGCGCUUACUGGACAGAUUAAUUCUUGGAAUCCACCGGAAGACAAAUCGACCGCGCCAAGACAGUCGUCCUUAUCAUCGACGGAGAUCCGUGACAAAAAUACCGUAUAUUUGAGUCGCUCGCGCGAGCCGUUCUCGAAUCCUUCGCCCGCGAGAGCGAUAGCGUCGGAGGAUAACCGGCAUUCACCUCCUCUGCGUGAGAAAUCCCCCUCGUCGAGUUACAACAGUGAUUUCCAUCCGUACUCGGAGACUCUACGAUCGAUUCAAGCCAACGCUCACGCGACUUACGCAAAAUCCACCACGGAGAUUCCUGUGCACGCUUUGACGCUCUCCUUGAAGCCGCUGGUACCGAACGAGCUGGAGUACGAUCCAUACUAUCCCAAACAACCGACGUCCACCGAGGCAUAUUACACGCCCAGCCAUCGCAACAGAGUCGACACGAAUGUUCGGUUCUCCAGCUCCAGCCAAGCGCCUCUGAUAGUCGCGCAGUCCAAUCUUUCCUUUGAAAUACCAUCCGUACUGCCUGAUCUGAACACGCUGGAGGAUCUCAUCGAUCGCCGGAAGUUCUUCUAUAUUCCGCGCGCAAACGUGAAAUCGAUAUGACGCGCCAUUAACUCUUUU